UUUUUUAUGGCCGUGGACGAGUACAUCGAUCCAGUUCUUGAGGAUUUACGAGAUUCAACAGCCGAUUGGAUCAGACUUAAGGUCGAGCGUGAAGGCACUCAGGCUCGUAAUAUUAUUAAAUACAACUUACCUGUUUAUGAGAGUAGACAACGUACCGUUCAUGUGUCCCCAUCGAAAGGCAUUUUCAGGGACUACCGCCCACAGUCUCGGGAGUCAUCAGAUUGUAAUUCUGUCUGUGCUAAAAGUCUCGCGACAAUUGCGUCGGAUCAUUCAUCACUUUCUUCAGGUGACACAAUUCAAAGGCGUCGGACUCGUAGACGUGAGGACUAUCGAUCUUUAUAUUGGGGUCAGAUGCUAGACACACUUAAGCGGACAAUUGACGAAAUAUAUGCUGCUUGUGAACUGGAUGAAUGUGAAAUAAGGUGCAAGGAAGUCAUCAUGAUUCUUAAUCACAGUGAACAAGAUUUUAAAUCUCUAAUUGAGAAGACCUCUCUUCUCCAGCGAUUUGCUGAUGCCAACGUUGGAAACAGACCGGCUUGUUUAGCAUGGGACGAACGUAAGAUAUCGCCAGGGCGGCCAAUAAUGCGGCGUGUUUUGGCGGAUCUGGAUGUCAUGGAUGUGUCUCCACCAACACCAACCUCAGUCGAAUGGCGACGUCCCACUGAUUGUUCCGGCUACCGACCUACCUCGGCCCUUGCCUGGGGCUCCGAUGAAGAGGAUUUACUGCACGAAGAGGAGGAAGAGGAUGUUGAAGGAACUCAUUUUGAUGAGGCGAUCAAGUCGGUUGCUUGCACUGAGCGACUUCUUCGAAGUGAGCUAGGUCGAGCUCAGUCUGAGGAGGCCACUCUGCGUCACUUAGAGGGGCGAGAUGAGGAAGAGGUCUUCGAGAACGAAUCGGACAUUGAAGAGGAUGAAGAAGAGCACGUGGAAGUGAGUGUACCCGAUCGAAAGGCUUCCUGUCGUGUUUGCUAUGCCUGCUCUGCUUGCGCAGCUGGUGACUCAAAAGAAAGGGCUAGACCUGCUUCAGGCUACUCCCGGCGAGAAAUAUCCCGAAAGCCAUCGUCAAAGAUGAUGAAGUCGGUCGCCGUUGAAACUGAGCCUCAGAGUUGCGAAUUUGACUACUACCCAAUUGGCUCUGCUACCACUACGCCAACCAAACCACGAACACCUGGCAGGAGUGUUCAAAUGCACGAGAAGUUAUCUUCACAACGAAAGGCCAAAUGCGAAAGCUCUAUCCAGGAGAUCGAAGCUAAGCAGGCUCGUGCCCGCACUUUGCGUCAAAGACAUCUCCUUGAGCGUUCCAACAGGGUCCGUGAACUCAGUAAGAAGGUCGAAGAGGUACGUAAACAGAAACUGCGACUGAUACAGCAGCGUCGGAACUUCCUUGAACAGCGUCUUCUUGUGGCGGAGGCGAACAGGCGGGCGGAGCUCGAACGGCGCAUCCUCAAGGCCCACGACGAGGAGAUUAAAGGACGCGAGAUUGCAUUCAUCCAGGUACUCCCAGUUGUUACGCCCAUCUCUUGGCAGUUCUCACACAUCCCUUCUACAUUACUUUGCGUCCUUUUGCCACUUUUGCUGCAGACCCUCGAGGCCGAACAGAAGCAGCACACAAUCUUCGCCAAACACGCAAUAUCAUGCGCCAGACUAAAAGAACGCGCCGAGUUGCGUCGACGUCGGCUGGAGGAGAAGGCAGAACGCGAGGAGGCUGCCAAGCUGCGCCGGAUUGAACUGGAGGCUAUUCGGUUGGCGCGUUUGGAUGAACUGCAGGCCCGUUGGAUUUCGCGUGCCCACGAGAUCGAAAUGCGUGGCGAACAGACGAAGCUGGUGCGACGCGAGGCUGCUAGAGCAAAGGAACACAAUCGAGAAUUGAAAUUGGCCAAUCUGGAGCACCAGCAGAGAUCCCACAUCGAAGAGUUGCGGUCCAACAUCCUUCGAAAAGUACGCCAACGUGAAUGUGAACGCCGACACCAGGAGACCCUCAGCGGCAUUCGCCGCAAAGCCCUGGAGAUGUCAGCCCCGUGCCACGAUGGCGACGCCUUCUCCACGUCAAACGCAGACGUCGACGCCUCGUCAUCCACUCCGCAUCAGCGGUGGUGCCGGCUCUGUCGUGUCCUUGUGUCCGGGGACUUGCACGCCGUCGACAACCACUUUGCCACACGGGGACACCGUCGCGCCCUCCUCAACUCCAUCCCCGCCUCCCAGAGACUCCAUUUAAACGUGUCCGAUCUCAAUAAUGCGUGCUUGGUAGAUUUGCCCUCGUCGUCCGCUGCGCCAAAUUCAUCAUCAUCAUCGUCUCUAACCACGUCUGCAUUGAUCUUGACUAAUAACCAGCGUCGCUCCAUUGAGGUCGAGAGACAACGCCUGUUAGGUCGUCGUCUAAACGUCAUUCGCCAACGCAUAAGUUCCCGGGCCCAUGUGUACCGGAAGGCGCCGUUACUCAGUGCAACCCUGACGCCUGACUGCCCACAAAAGUCGCAGCUACAGAAGUUAAUUAAGGAAGCACGAAGGUACUACAAUUUGCCUGAAUCCGGUCCCUGGGUGGCUUCCCGUGUCGGUGCCAUAGAGAAGGCUCUCCACGCCAUUCAUCGCCUCAUCAGUCCUUCCUCAACCAACGACAAGACAGCUCUCCUGUGCUGUCUCCACCUCGACCUGCUUCCGGUUGCCGUGGGGUUGGUUGACCUCACCCGAUCCCAGCGCUACUUCGAUUUUCCUGUUAUUCCCGCCAGAACCGUCUCCCUGGCUUGUGGACUGCUCACUGUUCUGUGUGAAAACGCCGUCGAAACAAGUUGGCACCUACUUUUUAACGGUGAUUUGGCUCUGCUGGUUGAUUGUUUGGCUGUCAAGUUAGCGCGUCUGGAAGCGUUGGAACUUGGCGACAGUGCCAAGCAUAAGAACAAUAAGCAGGAAGAAAAAGCUGGUGAAGGUGUAGUGGAAGAAAUGGCGAGUAUUCGAGACCUCUUCAGGUGUCUGCUUGUGGCAUCUCGUGGGCUGGAGUCGUCGCCACCAUCUUCCGGUGCAUCAGACGAAGUCUCAACAAAGGCCUCUAGGAAAUCCAAGACUACCCUAGUCUCGGCUUCUAUCACAUCAUUGUUUGUUGCGUUCUUGUUCAAGGACUACGUGGCCUACAUGGUGAACUCGGGCCUGCCAGAAAUCCUCACCUCGCGGCUCUCAUCUCCAACUUUGAGCGCCGAAUUGGCUGCUCUCAGCGACAGCUCUGGGUGCGAUUCACAACAGUUCCUUCCAAAUCUGGCUCUGCUCAGCAUCAACUUCCUUACCGCCCUUGUUAAGCUUAUUCCAGCGACGACAACAACAGCCCCAACAAAACCUUCGGCUUUCUCACAACAACAGAAAAAGAAACGUGGAAAAGCGACAGCCUCAAGGAGCGCGCCUUCGUCAGCACAAACAGACGAUCCUCAGACCGCGUUGAGGCGAGUCGCCGCCACCACUCCGGCAGACGAUCAACUCGAGGCAUGCCCCGCUGACCCAACCUUCUUUUUCGACUCAGUAGCCUCGACUGAGGUGUUUGGCAUCAUCGCCCUCCUCUACGGCAUGCUACAAAUCGCUGUGAAUUCGGUGGGCCACCGAGCAGGCUCCAGCUUCUCUGGGGAUUUGCAUGACAGCGGUAGUAUCAGUUUACAGCGUCUGUUUGUCUCAUCGUCCCUCGUAUCAGAUAUUAUCUUGUCGUCCCUUCGUUUGGUGAAUUACUGUGCCGUCGUCAAUCAGCCAAAAAUACAGGAGAUAGUAAGCAGCAACGCGACCUCCGUGCAACUGCGACACAUUCUAGGCAGCAUAUUGACUGCUUGCACUCCAUCUGAAGACGAGGCGGAGAAGCCCCUGAUGAAGACGUCCUCUUCCGCGUUCAGCAUUGCCUCGUCCAUCAAGACGUCGUCGUCGUCGUCUACCACUGGGGGAUGUCUUGCGGGCAAACGGAAGCGCAACACCUCCUCACUCGUCCCCACCGGGGCCAAGGAGGUGGGCGUUGUGCGAUCGACGCAUGCCUCUCCAGUUGCCUCGCAGGAAGAGAGUGCCAAACUCCUGUGCAGAAAUCGUAGCAACGACGAACUGCCGUCUCCUGCCACUGAGUGCGUUGCCCUCUCUUACAGCAAUCGAAGAAGCAGCCAAGAUGACACCACCCUUGUGGCCAACAACGCAACCCGCCAGUUGCUGCAUGAAGCCAUCAUUUGCCUUGGGUUCCUUACAUCCCUGCAUGAGCGAAAUCAGGCCAACCUCUGCCGCUGUGUGCCCGGCUCUCCCAACUCUGGGACGGGCUGCUUGCUUCUGUUGAAACUCUGUCGUCUUCCCGUCGCCUACUUCUCGCAGCCCGCGCUAGCAAACAUCCUCUUUCCGACGUUGAUCUCGUGUUGCUUCCUCAACUCCGACAAUACGUCCAUCCUGCUCUCCGAGCUCAAUCCAAGCCUCGUUGCGAAUUACAUCGAGGUGUGUUGCUCGCCUACUUGGAACCUAAAAGUAGACGGCGAGCAUUUUGGAAAACACCCUGGUGAAACCGGAUGA